CACACUCACACAUGCACACAAGCGCGGGUUGGUGAAACGUUUUUAUAGUUUGUCUUCCAGCUCCAGUCAUAGCAAGACUUCCUCUGCGAUGAGUUUACAUAACCCGCUCUAGGGCUACCAUACCAGCGCUAAACGGCCACUAGUCAGUGACGACAGCCCAGAGAUCAAGCACGAGUCAAGAUCAGACCAACCGAACCACUGAAUUGUGAAUUGAUAGUGUUCAAGCACCCAAGAUUGUGACGGUGGAUGGAGUAGAGAGGACGGGCGGCGACAUGCAACACGCUUGAUUCAGUCGAUACAUGAGGGGGUGACAUCGAGAUGGGCCAGGGGCUCGAACCGUCAACUGCAGAUCUCUUUCUGUUCUCCCGGUCGCAGCCCCCCCAGCUUCCGUCUCGUACCGAUUUCUUCGAGCGAUCGAAGAAGCAAGCGCAUACUAGGGACAACAGUAUAGGCAGCAGCAGCAGCAGCGAGCGAGGAAGCGGCAACGGAACGAGCAGCGACGACGUACGGUUUGCGCUGACCAGCAGCAGCACAGACACACUAGCAGCUGCCCAUCACGCACGGUGGCAACGGUGGCCCGCACUAUCACAUCACCACCAUCACCACCACUACUACUACUAUUACUACCACUACUACAGCUACUUGCCGCAGUACAUCGGUGCGAUUGGCGCACGCGGUGGAUGCCGUACGUUUGACGUACUCUUCAAACAUUCAUGAGUUUUCAACUAACGCACGCAACAAUGGAGUUUGGCUAGGAAAGGAACGUCGUCAGUGAUCUGCGCUUCAGGUGAAACAAAUCUCGUACCAAGAGAGACAGAGAGCGAAAGAGCGCGAGAGAGCGAGCGAAGGCAAAUGUAGUUGACACAUCAAACACACACAUACACACAGAUCCACACUGACGCACGUGUGGCCGAACUCCAGUAACACAGCAACAACAACAGCAGCAGCAGCAGCAGCAAAAAGAAACAAUACUAAAAGCAACAACCGAAAGCGACUACUACUGCAGACACCUAUACACAACCUUCUGGGAAGCAGAGCAGCUAAACCAGGCAACAACCGUCACACACAUAUACACAAACACAUACCGUCUGGAGGCGCUUCCGAAACCAUAUCCACAAUCCAAUACGGGUAUUGUUCCCCAUUCAUCCGUUUUGCUUUUGUCAACCACGCAUCACCACGCUCGACGUGCGGACACUGCCGGUCAAGCGGUAAAGUGUAGGUGUGUGUAAGGAAAGCAUCGGCGCUAGGACAGAGAAAGCGAGAACGAGCGUACAGCACGACGCCUAGUAUUACGGCAGCGCACCGGCCGUGUCUGCUUGCGAGUAUCAUCAAGCACACUCAAUCGCCUAACCUUAGCACCAGUAGAUGAACCGUGCGCCAUGGUUGCGUCCACCCAGUGAGCGCAAUCGCAUCGCAACUCUCCAAUAACAACAAUAUCUGUAAGACUCUGUUACAAUACCGCCAGUACCUUUGCUACUACUACUACUACUAUUACUAGUACUACUCCUACUACUGCUAGUAUUUCAACUACUACUACUGUGCUAUCGUCUACACUCUUUUACCCUGUCUGUGGUUAAGACAUCCACCGUACAUUAGUAGAUAGUUUGGUCCACCGUUGGACUCAAGGCCCCCAAUCGACCGUGUCUGCAGGAUCUGGGAAUCUGGGCGAUAAACCUCCUACCUAUCCGAUUCAGUAAAUCGGGAGCCAAUCAAUAGCAGUACUAUCCACAAAAAAAAAAACACCAACAAUCAAUAGCCUGUCCCUCAGCAGCCUCGAUACCCGAUAAUCACGACUACCAGCUAGGACGACUCUCAAGCUAGGGAGUUUUUCCCCUCAAACCAAACUUUUGAUACUAACGCAAGGUGCUCAGACUCUAACGGCAUCGGAUCCACAAAAACCCGCCCCUCUCAGCGAACCAAAUGGCCAUGGAUCCGCCCGACGUAGUGCUGUCGCCGGAGCGCGAGAGCAGCCUGGUAGCGACCGCUGGCAGCAGCAGUGGUGGUGGUGGCAGCAAGUCGACUACGGCCGCUCUGCUCCAGCUACAGCACCGGGCAGCCCAUCCACAGACCCCACCGGCUGCGUUUCAUCUGACCGGCGGCGGUGUAGGCGAGCCGGCACUGCAUCAGCAGCGCUCGGCACUGCUGGUGCAGCAGUCCUCUACCACUACGACGCCACCAGGCAGUAGUGGUGGUGGCUCUGCUGCUGCUACUGCCGGAGUCACGCAGCUAACAGGCAUUGCCGUGCCGACGGCACUGCUAGCCUCGGCCGGUCAGCUGCAAUCGGUGGCCGGUGGAUCGAACAGCUCGGCGGUCGCCACCCCUUCCGGUCUGACGACGACGGGGUCGAGCGGUACGCAGCCAGCGCCUCCGAUCGAGCGACUCUCCCGACCGAUGGCGUUCGAUAAGAUGGAAUCACUAGUCCGCGAGAUGCAAGACUCGGAGAACGGUGUGCCAGUGCGCAGCCAGAAGCUAUUCCUGACCUCCAUACCAUCGGCUUUCAUGGGAUACGACCUGAUUGAGUGGCUGAUGGAACGGCUAAGCAUCGAAGAGUCGGAGGCACUGAACAUUAGCAACCAGCUGUGCCAGCACGGUUACUUCUUUCCCGUCUCCGACUCGAAGACGCUGAUGGUGAAGGACGAUUCCUCGCUGUACCGCUUCCAGACGCCGUACUACUGGCCCUGGCAGCAGAAGGCGCCCGAUCAGAUCGAGUACGCCAUCUACCUGGCCAAGCGGUCGCUCCGCAACAAGCAGCGGCACGGGCUGGAGGACUACGAGACCGAGGCGCUCGCCAGCCUGCACAAAAACCUGAAGGGCAAGUGGGACUUCAUACUGAUGCAGGCGGAGGAGCAGGUGCGGCUGGCGAAGGACCGCAAGAAGGGCGACAAGAUCGUGGGCGACUCGCAGGAGCGCGCCUACUGGCGGGUGCAUCGGCCGCCGCCCGGCCAGUUCACGCCACUCGAGCCAUGCCCGAUACCGUCACGCGACCGGCAGGGCAAGCCGCGCAAGCGCACGGUCGAGGACUGGCAGCGGGAGGUCGACAUACUGAAGGCGUCGCUCGGGCGGAACCGGGUGAAGAUGUCACAGGCGUGCGAAAGCCUGGUCGUCUACUACGAAACGUUCAGCGAGUACGACCCGAUGAUGCAGCCGCCGCUGCCGUCGAACCCGUGGGUGACAGAGGACGUCAGCUUCUGGCAGCUGAACCACCCGGUGGUUGAGGUGCCGACCGAGAAGCGCGUCAAGCGCUGGGGCAUCUCUAUCGAGGAGGUCGUGUCGGACCCGACCGGGCUGCAGGAGUUCACGCACUACCUGAAGAAGGAGUACUCGCACGAGAACAUACGCUUCUGGAUGGCGGUGAACGAUCUGCGCCGCUCCUCGCACUCGCAGAUAUCGCGCAAGGUGAAGGAGAUCUACGAAGAAUUUCUCGAACCAGGCGCACCCUGCGAGAUCAACAUCGACGGUAAAACGAUGGAGAAAGUUCAGCUCGGGUUGAAGAAUCCGUCCCGGUUUGCGUUCGAUGCAGCGGCCGAGCACAUCUACACACUACUGCUGAAGAAGGACUGCUACCCGCGGUUCGUGCGCUCGGAGCACUACAAGAACCUGAUGGCGAACGCGAUCCAGCCGUCGCUCAAAAAGCGCUUCUUCGGCUUCGGCGGCGGUGCCAAGAAGAAGGGUUCAACCUCGACCGCGCCCAACCCAUCAAUGCUUACCCAGCCAUCCACCGGACAGUCUGGGUCGGGCAACGUGAACAGCCUGUCCAAGCGACGUGGCAGCGACCGCAGCCUGUCGGGAUCGGCCCACGAGCUGGCGAUCUCGGGCGUGAAGGACUGUUCCAAAGUGCCACAUUCUCAUAGCCAAAGCAAUCUGAGUGACAUUCCGUACAGCGUAUCGAUCUACCGUGGUGAUAUGCCGUCCGGUAUAUACGAGGGUGUAUCGUCAUCUUCCAGCAGUACACCCGUGCGAGGCAACGUACGAGUGACGGUUGGAAAGCAACAAGAGAUGAACAAAAAUCUCGGAACGACACUCGAGGUAACGCUGGAAGGGGCCGUGUCUGGUGCGUGUGCCGUCUGCCCCUGGGACACGCCCGUGAUCGAAAAGCCGGCCGCAGAGUCGGCCGUCUCGGUCUCGGUGUGCCCGUGGGACAGUGCCGACGCCAAGCUGCCCACCAAGACGGACAGCACCAACAGCAGCAAGUCGAAGCAGCACGGCGACCAUCAUCCGCCGCACAGCACGGCCGAGAUCAGCGAGGUGUCGGAGCGGAUGAAGCGCUCGUGCGGUUUGCGCCAGAACACGCUCGACGGUGACUUUCACAGCACCAAGCGGUUGGCACCGGUUGUGACCGAGCAGCGACGGGCUUCCAUGACGAUGGCGCCGAGGCUGUCCGAUCUGCAGUUCUGUAUGCGCGCGAACUCGACCGGCAGUGGGGCGACGCCGCCCGACAGUACCGCCUGCCUGGCGAACCUGCCGUCCCAGCAGCAGCAGUACCUGCAGCACCAGUCGUCGGUGCGCAUUUCGCAGGGUUCGCUCUCGACGAGCUUCGAGGAGAAGGAGGAGGGAGGCUCGGGCACGGUGUUCUACCAGCAGGAUGGAACGUCCGGCGCCCCUACUCCAAUCGGCGAGGAGCGCGCUGGACAGGCCGGCACGGUGGCGGAGGACGUAGCGCAGCAGGACCGUGGUCCGGGCGACAAUCCGGAUGCGGCUGAAGGGGCGGCUGGGGCACGCGACGCGACGCCCCAAGCGCAGCCAGAGGCGGACGAGCCACCAGUACUGCCCGCCGCUACGUCCACUGAGCCGCUCGGUGCGGCUACUGAACAGGUCGGCACGCAGCAGCAGCCGUACGGCGGCGUACCGGCGGCUGCGGUGUGCCCCACGUCGAACCCCACCACCACCACAAACACCACGAUCACCACCACCACCACUACUAUCUGCACCUCGUCGGCCGGUGCGGGCCGGGCGAUGGCGAGGGAGGCAAACAGUCAGCGUCCGACGAACGUGGACACUGCACCGGAAUCAACCACAGGCACCCCUAGGAUAAGUGUAAUCUAUGCAAACACACCCGACGACGACGACGAGCCGGCGGAGGAGUACGAGUUGGCAGUGGGCAGCGAGCCGGAGGCGACAGUGCGGGAGGCAAGCGUCCAGCACGGCAGCCCAGCGGCUGAGCCGGCGGCCGCCAGCGUCGCGACGCAAACGGUGGACGUGCUGCUGCUGCAGGGUGUCGACGCCGCCCAGGACCUGUCGCCGCUCACCGAGGCGGAGGAUGGCUUCUACGGGGAGGCACUGCGGCGGCAGCACCACCAGCACCAGCAGCACCACCCGUCCGAGUACGACAUCAUGAUGGACGGUGGUGAGAGCGGGCUGCUGCCCGGGUGUGUGGCGCCGGCCCCUACGCCCGCACCCUCCAUCGCGCCGCUGGCCGAGGUCGAGCUGGACCCGCCCGACGACGAGCCGGACGAGGAGGAGCAGGAGGACGGCGGGGGGCAGGAGGAGGGGACCGGGCGGCUCGACGGGGAGCCCACGGGAGCGGCCCAGGAGCCACCGGGUGCGGCGACGCUAGGGGCACCACCACAACAACCACCGUCCAGCUCCGGAGCGGGAGGCGCGGACGAGCUGGCGAGGCGCCGCAAGCGCCGCGAGCGCAGGGACCGUCCCCCCGAGCCGGGCACGUUGCGGGCGCAGAAGAGCGAGGAGGAGAACAGCGAACGGAAGGGCGAUGCCGUCUGCCCGUGGGAUGACGAGAGCGAAUCAGCGGCGGAUGAUGCACCGUACGUGAAGACCUACUCCACGCUAGGCUACCUGUAGGGUGGUUUCGGUGGAGCUAGAACCAUCCUACAGGUGGUAGAAGCGGCCGGGUACGCAAUUGCGAUAUGGUGGAACGAACGGCAUGGUGCGGAAUCAGGAGCCAAACGCAUCCAAGCGAAGCCAGCCGCCGUUUGAUACAGCAUCGUUCAGUACAGUGGCCGUGUACCGUUUGCAGCACAGAGUUGGACUUCGUACUCCUUCGGUGUCGGUGUCGGUGUCGAUGCAUUACCUACACCCAUUCGAUGUGGUUUAGUUCUCGCUUGAUUGAGUGUCUAAAAACUCCACUGUUGGUCGUAAUCAUUUCUGCUCACUGUACAAAGGCGUUGACUUUACUUUAAAUUGUUGCCUUCAGUUUUGCCACAAUUCCAAUUGGUGUAUUGUUGUUUUUUCAUCUCUUGUGAUUAUUUCUGGAACCAGAACUCCUUGUGUGUGUUUGUCCCUAUCUCGUUGAGUAUGCUAGCGUAACGAUCCACCUGCCUGCGCGAAACGCAGCGCUUACGUCCCAUAACGCACGGCACACCGGCAUAUCGAUUCCCCGGUCGGCCAAAUCGAGCAGCCGGACUCCCCGGGCCCAGGCCGACUAAGAGAUUCCAGUGGCCCAGUCGGCGUGUAUGUUGCCGCGCGGGUGCAACCGCAAACCGAUCAGCUUCGUACCGACGGGAUGAUUUCGCACGUUCACCGGGCUGCUGAACAGGUCCUACCCGACUGACGUUACGCGAUACUACCAUCGCUCGCGAAACAUCGGUCGGACACGUGAUGAGCCUCCGUGUGCUACCGAAUGUCGGAGUGGGCCAACCAACUGUCAGAUGCUGCCCGGUGGCUGUGGUGAUACAGCAACAUCCAUCCCUCCCCUUCCUAAGAAGUCGAUCGAUACUCGAAGCUGAUCCGGAGCCUUUGCCAAGCAUCCCGUGCCGCCGCCUCGCCGUUGAAACCAUGCAAGGUUCCUCCGACAGGUAGCCAUACACGCUGCCAGUGCCACCUUUACGAGUGAAUCUUGGAGCCUCCGUGGCGAUUAGCCGCGGCAGGUUUGGGCCCGGCCGCGAUUCUGCUUUCGAUUUGUGGAGCGGGAAGCAUUUGUGUUCUUCUUUUCAAACUGGGUUGAAAGGGUGGGGGAAUGCAGAUAGUAGCAACAAGAACAACAAUAACAACAAACCCGUGUUUGAAAGCACCUUUUGGCAUUAUACUAGCAGCAGCACUCUUACAAGCAGUAAUAUCAGUCUUCCGAUUUGAGAGUGAUGAUCGCACACGCGCACACGUUUGCGGCGUCGGCGCACCAAUGGAUGUGAUGCAAGUGCUGCCAGAGAUCUCAGGUUUUAGACCGGUUGCGGUGCAAUAAUUUCGAAUAUAUCUCAAAAUGUACACAUAGUACACAGCUACCAACGUACGUUCGAAACACAUCAUACUCAUACGUACGCAUCUAGUAGUAAUUAGUGGAAGGGAGAUGGAGCUGACAACAAUGUAAACAUUUAAAGCAACAGCAAACAACAUAAUUAGGACAUCCGUUGAUAUCAUGCGGAGUAUAUUACUCAUAGUAGUCAGGUUAGUAAUUUGCUGCAGUGGAGCUCCGUAGCUCCACCAGCGCAGUAGUAGUGGGUACCGGGUAGCGUUAAUUGAUUGUGCUACAGGGCCAGCUCAGUGCACGUGUUGGCUUAAUAUUUAGCUACUAGUGUGCGAACGGGGCCAUGGACCCGUCUUAGUCUGUAGUAACCAAAAAAAGAGGAAAAACAAAGAAAAAUAGCGUUUUAAACUCAAAUCACUCAAGUCUAGAGCUAACAAACAUUGCUGUACCGUUUGGUUGUGUACGUGAGAACGCCUUGGUUGAACUCUUCGGUUUGCGUUACUGCAACAAACACUCAGCCAAGCACUCAGCGUGCAAUUGAGUGCGUUAGAUCGCUCGAGUUGGGGGUCAGAAGCGUUACUCAGAAGCGUUAUACACCCCCAACUACCACCGGCUUUAGUUGCUGAUCUGUUUUUGCUUUAUUUUUUCAACACUGCGGACCAUUUGCCAGAUCCGCCAGAACAGAAGUAGUAGAUUGAUUUCGUGCGCACAACGCUGGUAGACGUUGUAGAUAGUACACAGUUUUGCGUUUGUAGCGUGCUUGCCUUCCAUGUGUUUGCGAAUGACUUUUGGGUUUGGAAACCAUCGUAACACCCUGCCCGGGUGCUACAGUGUUCACACGCAAUAUAGGGUAUAGGAGUAAAGCCUCAACCCCCCCCCCCUUCCCCUCACACCACUACAUUAUUCUCUCCCUCAACUUUAGGCUAACUAACUAAUCAGCUCACCGACUAUUCACUCCCAUCUUGCUACGCCUGUUAAGCAACUCAAAUUUGCUUCAUUCAGUAUCCGCACUCAACCAACUAUCUUGAAAUAGAGCAGGCAAUUGACAUUUCGCAAUACAUAUACAUAUAAAUAUACAGUAGAUGUGUAACGAUUAUGCCCAUAUACGCUGCUUACAGCAUAACAUGAGAAGCAAAAGCAAACACCGAUAACCCAAAAGCAAAAACUUAACAACUCAAUAUGCCUCUAGCAACAGCACUACAGAACGGAGCGGACGAACAGUCCUGAAUGCAAUACCGGCACGACCCGAAACCACGGCAACAGCGCUGUGUUUUACCAGCCGGAUGAAACGUAUCUCAAGUAUUAUUAACACUUUGCUAAGCUUAGGACUCGUCAACACUAGCGCUCGCAAACUAGUAAACUUGGCGGUAGUGCAAGGACAAGCGUGUGAGAUGCUUUAGUAUAGAUACAUAAGUAAAGUAAACAUAACACCUAGUGGACACAAUUUAGGAGGUAAGCGAUGGAGCGAGAGAGAGAGAGAGAGAGAGAGAGAGAGAGAGAGGAUGGUAGAUGGGGAGGUUAGUGCGUGUGAUGCUAGCGUAAUGGGUGUGCGCAUAUGGGGACAGCUGGAAACCGAACCGAGCGGGUCGAUUGACCCGAGAGAUUGAAGACGGAACCGGUAUCGUGUGCUUCCCGGCAGGGGGCGUUCGAGGCGUUCGCCCCGCUCAGGAAGGCAGUGGCGAAGUUCACUAGCAGGCUUGGAGCUUUGAUUUAUCGUUCAAAGGGAAGCGCUGCCGUACGUUUAGUACCCAGCGUGGUAGUAUAAACUCGUUUAGUUGUUAUUUUUAGUUAUUAUUUCGAUUGCCUUUGUACAGUGUUGCAGUGGUAGUGAGCAAACUCUCACCAACGUGCUUGCGAUACAAAUUUCUUCUACUUAAAAAUAGCACUCAGUUACUUACACGAAACUCAUCUUACGUCCUAUGCGUUACUACUAACACAACGAUUGGUGCGGGUCGAAUGUAUGACAGCGGUGCUUAGUAUACACCGGACACUACUGUCGACGCUGCUGUCAGCUGCUUUGCGAUCACGAUGCAAACAUGAUCUCUGUGCCACCUUGCCACAUAUCUGUACCGUCAAUGCCGCGGAGCUGGUCGAGCCGAGGACAAGGUCUGACAGUGCCGGCUCAUCUUCGCUGCCUGAAGGAACUGGGAUGAAACAGCAUGCAAUAAUCGUAACCGAGUGAUGGAGUGAGCAGGCAGAAUGCAAGGACCUUAGCUGGGGUGACGGGUAAUAACAAAGUAGCGAGAAAUAAAUGGAGAGAAAGAGUAUGUGUGUAUGUGAGUGAAUAGAGGAUCCAUUUUCCCCAAAACAAUAGAAGACAAACAGAUGUCUGAACAAAUUUCAUGUAUGAUCCAUGUGAAUGGUUGUUGUUUUACAAAUAUAAAAGGCAGGAAUAGAUGAAACAAAAACACACACAACAAACACUACACUAGAAAAGCUAUUUUCUAUUUACUCUAAUAACAAAUCACAAAGAGAAAGAGAGAGAAAAAUAAAGAAAGAAAGAGCGAGAGAGAGUGAGAGAGAGAGAGAGAGAGAGAGAGAGAAUAUAGUACCGUAUAAACUAACAAAUCAAGCGCAAAAAAUUGUCAUAACUCUAUGAAAUAAAAACAAAACAAAACAAAGAAAGGAAAGAGGUCACGAAAAAUAACAAACUGGUACACUUUAGUACAGAAACGAAACAUGCAAAAGAGAAGAGAAAGCGAAAGAAAGAUAGAAAGAUAGAAAGAGAGAAAGGAAAAGCACAAAAUCGAACAAAGAUUGCAGUGAACGCAGUAAAACAAGCUCAAAAAACAAAAGUAAAAGGAAGAUAAACGCAAGCAAAACAAGAACAAAAAACCCCAUGAUUGUGACACAGUCGUACAACCGUGUGUGUUUGUAUGUAUGUGUGAGUGUCUGUAUAUGUAUGUGUAGUAUUUAGCUGUUUUUUUUGCGAGGCGGCACUAGAUAGUGUAAAGCGGGAUAGACUCAUAACCCAACAGCAAGUGGCUCUGCUUGGCCAACAUCAGUCCAAUUUUGGGAUGCCUGUUAAUCAAUCAGUAACGGUAGCUGCACGAGGUAGUACAUUUGUUCUUGUGCGAAGUUUGGGCAGAUGUAUUGCGUGCGAUGAGAUUAGGAAGGAAGGAAGGAAAGAAAGAAAGAAAAAAAAACACGGAUCAGCGCAAAAAGCGUUCAAACUAUCCAGCCAUGAUUUGCUACGUUCCAUUGUGAUAUACUUUCUUGUUUGCUUUGAUGAGCAUUUGUUGCACUGGUUUUUAGUUUGUAUCUCUUUUACCCUUCUGUACUUCACAUCUUCAAAGUUUCCAGUUGCAUGGAAAAGUAAUUCAUGCUAAAAGUUUAAUCCAGCAUUAAAUUCAUCUUCUAUAAACAAAAGUUUAGCAAAAUUGAGUGAUAGCAACAUUAGUAAACACUGGGUACCACAGAAAAAAAAACUGCACGAUAACGAGUGAGAUCACAACGCAAAAAAAAACAAAACAUGGAAAAGAGAUAAAACAUAGCAAAGGAUAAAGCUUUAGAACAAGCUGCAGGCAAACAGAUGGGCCAAAGGCGCAUACGUAACAUCCAGCUGUCCGUUCGCUAACAUGGCAAACCGAAUUAACCCCAUAUUGGAUAAAAGUUGAAUUAGUAAGAUAAUAAAAUAACGGCAGCGAUGGCGCGGAAAAGAAAGAGAGAAAGAAAGAAAGAAUAAGAGAAUCCAAGUGUGAGAGAGAGAGAGAGAGAGAGAGAGAGAGAUAGAGUGCGAAACAGUAAGCAAAACAUCUAGUGCGAGAAAGGUAAAAAGGGAAAUGGUAAUUUAAAAUAACGAAGUAUGUAAAAAAAUGCCACCGGUUAGAGUGUAAUUUGACUUACAGGGUUUCCCACGAUUUAUUGGUUGGUUCCCACGAUUUAUUGGUGCGUUCCCACGAUUUUUUGGUCAUUUCCCAUAAUUUUUUGGUAGCAACCCACGAUUUAUUGGUCGGUUCCCAAAUAUUAUUGGUCGGUUCCCAAAUAUUAUUGGUCGUUUCCCAAAUAUUAUUGGUCGGUUCCCAAAUAUAAUAUAAUAUAAUACCGACCAAUAAUAUUUGGGAAACGACCAAUAAUAUUUGGGAACCGACCAAUAAUAUUUGGGAACCGACCAAUAAAUCGUGGGUUGCUACCAAAAAAUUAUGGGAAAUGACCAAAAAAUCGUGGGAACGCACCAAUAAAUCGUGGGAACCAACCAAUAAAUCGUGGGAAACCCUGUAUUAAUACUGGAUAGCAUACUCAGCAAAACCCCUAUUUAAAAAAAAACACACACACUCACACACAUGAGGAACUGCACUUCCAAAACAGCCCGAAACACCUUAUAUUUACAGUAAAUUUUCUGCACGAAAAGCGCAGGACAAGAGAGGGCGGAGUUUGGUUUUUGUUUACUUAGUAUUUUGGUCGAGCAAAUUGCGUUACGUACGAUCCGGACACAGGGACAGGACGCGAAACGGUGAAAAUGGAGGAAAAAGCAGAACAAGCACAAAACAUUAAAAAAAUAAAAACCCCCUGCUAGUUGAUAGCAGUAAACGAGCCUAAUUUAGUGACAAGGAAAUUUGUGACAGUGAAAGCUUCUUGCAGCGCAUUAGAAGCUGGAAGUAAGAGACGGUGGACGUCUUUAAAAAAAAACAAGAGGGGUAAAAGGUGAAGUAGUACAAUGAGUAAUAAAAUCUACCAGGAAAAGUAAAGACUCACGAAUGCACGAAGGAAGGUAAGAGAAUUUGAGAGAGCUAUAGGGCGAGAGACAGAAAAGGAGAAGUAGAGCAAUGGAUAGGAAGAAAGUAGGAGAGACUAAAGGAAGAGAGCAUGCGAUAGAUGGUGCAAAAUGAAACGGACACGAAAGAGAGCGCAGGCUAGAUCGUUUAGAGAAAUUGGUGAGUUUAUUAAAAUUGUUACAAAAAAAAAUUCCAAAUCUAAGUGUUACAACAAAAAAAAAAAGAGAAGAAACAUAGCUGCAUUGUGCGUUUUAGCGAUACAAAUUUGGGCGAUAAAAUUAGGAUUAUAGCAUUAGGCCUUUGAUUUGUUUUUAAGUCCAACAUAUUGAUUUGCGUAUCCGGGUGUUGAUAAUGGCAUGAACUUAAUAGAGCAAACCAAGCGAACAAAAAAAAAAAACAAAAAAAAGGCAAACAAGUUAUCUAACGCCACUUGUGCACACCAAACUACUAAGAGGUGCAAGAGAACGGUAUAAGAGUGAUAGUAUUAAAGAGGAAAUCAAGUAGAGUGCAAAAAGGUGGUAGGAAAUAUAACAAAAAAAAAAGACAAAAAGUAUAUAUAUGAAGAAAAAACACACACACACACUCACACAAACAAAUGGAAAGCUUUGGCGGGAGAAGCAGCUUGAACGCCACUGUUCAAAUCAAACGCUACAUACUCGAACAAUUCCCACUUUGCAAUCGGCCAUGCAUAGGGAGAGCGGAUGUCCGGAGCGGAGUUUAGACCGGUGGGAGUUCGUUUCUUGGGUUGCCACUUCUCUGUAGUACAGUAUGUACUGUACGCGAGGAACUUUUUAGCGCAAAUGCUUGACAUGAAGGUGUUAUUGUCAAACUCGAGAUAAAUAUUGAAAUUCCUCGCUACCCCUUGUUUCGAAUGCUCUGGUUCACUGGUAAAGUAGACCAAAGCUUUACUCGCAGUACUAAAAUGUAGCAACAAUCAAAAGGAAGUAAACGGUAGUGGUGCAAAUACCGUCAUCUAUAAUACACAAAUUGGGUAUCCUUGCUCAAAGAUGGCACACCGUACUGUUGGUGGAUUUGAGCAAACACUUACAAGUACUAACUACAAAGCAAACUUUCACAAUGAUAUUUGUGCUCCGCUUACGUCUGUCCCAUUGAGCACCGGUUGAUAAGUACACCGUUUAGCCUGCAUGUCUGCGUAUGUGUGUGUGUUGGUGUUUACUAGCGUGCAGCAUACCAGUGAUGUAUCGCAUGUGGUAGACGGUUUACACUAAGCGCGCAGAGUUAAAAAAUCCACAAAUUUGGCUACUAAGCGUAACGCAUCCAAGGCCCGCUCGCUCUCUCUCUCUCUCUCUCUCGCUCUCGCGCAUGACAUCGUUGUAACGCUGAGAAAUCAAAACGCAAAAAAAAGAAAUAUUUAAAAAAAGUAACACAGCCACACUCAUCCACAUGAAACUAUACAUCCUUAACUACAUGCCGCGCAGUCCAUUUAUCCUUGCAUUGGAUUGAUGUGAAAUUCAAAAUUAUCAAAACAAAUACAAAAACCAAAAAAAAAAAAAAAAACAACAAACUCUUAAACCGCUGUGAAUGUUAUGAAUAUUUAAAAGAUAUAAAAUUGAUAUGAAUCGAAACGAAGAACAAUUGUGUGUGUGUGUGUGUUUGAGAAUGGGAGGAUAUAAGCGGCAGAGACAGGGACAGCGAGAUAGAGAGAUUAGAUGAAAGAUGGAGUGACAAGGUGAGAGAGAGAGAGAGAAGGAGAUAGAGAGAGAUAAAGCGAAAAAAAAAGAAACAGAUACCGAAGAGAGGAGAGGGCGUUAGUGUGCAAGUAACACUGUAAGAGAGGGUGAGAAUGUGUGGGAAAGAAUAGGAGUAGGAAUAAGCGAGUAAGUGCAGGUGACAGCUGGUUUAAGUAGUGCAGACAUUGCAUUGCAUCUUGACGUCUGGCGAAGAGUGUAUGAAUGUUUGGAAAGAAUGCACAGAAAGAGAGAGAGAGAGAGAGAGAGAGAGAGAGAGAGAGAGAGAGAGAGAGAGAGAGAGAGAGAGAGAGAGAGAGAACAGAAACAUCAAGAAUCGAAUAGAAAUAAAGAUGAGAGAGAAAGAGAGAGAGAGAUAGACAGUGAGAGAGAUAGAGAAGAACAAAUACAGAAAUGGUUGUUAAGCAGGUCUCACACACGAUCCGAAGACUUGUUAAGGGUUGGCUGUAAACGGUAGGCACAGUGUGGUUAAGCCGUGCAGAGAUUUCAACGUACAAAAGCCCGAUACUUGGAAAGGAAACAGAUGAAACAUUACUAUAUCAUUAUGUUGUAGAGAGAAUCAAAUAAAACUACAAUAAAACUAUAAA